GAGAAGGGGAAAGGGCUAUCCAAAUUCUCUCAAUUGCUGGGAGGAGCUGCCCAGGUGUGCUGAGGGGCCUGUACUCAGGAAGAGAAACAGGGAGUCCUCCACACCUUCAGUUCAGCUCUCCACUGUCGUCUCCAGCCAGGACCAGUUUCGUUCGUCUCCCAGACCUUUCUAGUGCAGCCCAUAUUUCUACAUUCUUCUUUAGAAGAACUGAAAAAAAGCAAAUAGCAUUAGAAAAACACCCCAACUCACCAAUGACUGCAAAACAGAUAUUGGAAGUCAUUCAGAAAGAAGGAUUGAAAGAAACAAGUGGGACUUCUCCAUUAGCCUGUCUGAAUGCAAUGCUUCACACCAAUACUCGUGUAGGGGAUGGGACAUUCUUCAAAAUCCCUGGGAAAUCAGGACUUUAUGCUCUUAAAAAGGAAGAAUCUUCAUGCCCGGCUGAUGGGACAUUGGAUUUAGGCUGUGAAUCAGAAUUAGAUGGCACCGAAAUGGCUGAAGCAAACAAUAGUAAUGGAGAAGAAAAUGGAGUUUGUACAAGACAAAUAUCUGAAGAAGCAUCUUCCAACCGAGACUCGAGCCUUACAAAUACAGCAGUGCAAAACAAAUUAGCGUCUUCCUUCCAGCAGCACACCAAAAAGGCUCUUAAACAGGCUUUGAGACAGCAGCAGAAAAGAAGAAAUGGAGUCUCAAUGAUGGUAAACAAGACUGUUCCUCGUGUUGUUUUGACACCAUUAAAGGUGUCUGAUGAGCAGUCGGAUUCACCUUCAGGAUCUGAGUCUAAAAAUGGUGAAGCUGACAGUUCAGAUAAAGAAAUGAAACAUGGGCAAAAAUCUCCCACUGGAAAACAAACGAGUCAGCACUUAAAACGAUUGAAAAAGUCUGGUUUAGGACACUUGAAAUGGACCAAAGCUGAGGAUAUUGACAUAGAAACACCAGGAUCUAUUCUUGUGAACACUAACCUGAGGGCGUUAAUAAACAAACAUACUUUUGCUUCCUUACCUCAACAUUUUCAACAAUACCUCCUGCUUUUGCUACCGGAAGUAGAUAGGCAGAUGGGAAGUGAUGGAGUUUUACGCCUCAGUAGUUCUGCCCUAAAUAAUGAAUUCUUUGCAUAUGCAGCACAAGGAUGGAAACAGCGAUUAGCAGAAGGAGAGUUUACCCCAGAAAUGCAGUUACGGAUAAGACAAGAAAUUGAGAAGGAAAAGAAAACAGAACCUUGGAAAGAGAAAUUCUUUGAAAGAUUUUAUGGAGAAAAGCUAGGUAUGUCAAGAGAAGAGUCAAUGAAGCUCACUUCAGUUGAAAACAGUGAUGGUGAUGACAAUACUCCUUUGUGUGGGUCUUCAUGUUUGCCUGGUCCGUCUACACCAUCAUCCUUUGACGAGCAAUUGCCAAAAAGCACAAAAAUCCCACCUUCUCCAGAAACUGAUUUCUGUGCUUCCAUGGAACAGGUCCCAAUUAAGAAUAUCAUGGCAGAAUCUGAAUCAGAGGAUAUCUUGAUCCCUGAAGAAUCUGUGAUUCAGGAAGAAGUUGCAGAAGAGGUAGAAACCACUAUCUGUGAAUGCCAGGAUGAAAAUCAUAAGACAGAACCAGAGUUUUCUCAAGAAUCUGGGAGCCCCCCAGAUCCAAGUGAAGAGGCAGUGAUAGUGCCUGCUGAAGAAAAUGUAGAAGCCUGUGUCAUGAUGAAUGAUGUCUUAGAUAUACUGCCUCAUGUUGAAAUUAAGGUGGAAGAGAAAUUGGAAUCCCCUCAGGAAGAAAUGGCUGUUGUAAUUGAUCAGCUAGAUGACUGUGAAUCCCCAGCCCCUUCUGCUUCCUCUGUGAAUUCUGUCAAUGAUACAGCAGAUAAGGAGCCAGAGUCCACAAAAGAGUCCAGUAUCCCAGAAACACAGAGUAUUCCUCCUGCUGCAGAAGGACUGUUUUCAGCUGAAGGCAUUGCUGUAGAUAUGGAGCUACAGAGUGAGCCUGAUGAACAGCUUUCUGAAAAUGCUUGUGUCUCUGAAACAUCCUUCUCUUCAGAGAGCCCAGAGGGAGCAUCCACUGGUCUGACAUCCCCAGGUGGGGAAACGCAGUCCAUUUCAGAAGAGCCCUGUACUCCAGCAUCCCUUGAAACAACCUUUUGUUCUGAGGUGUCCAGCACUGAAAACACUGACACAGAUAGUAAUAGAAAGCCUGCUGAUGAAAAUCUUCAUGCAUCUUUGAUGUCAGAAAUAUCUCCAAUGUCCACUUCUCCUGGAACAUCAGAAACAUCCCUCAUGUCCAAUUUACCUUUGACAUCAGAAGCCUCCCCGAUAUCUAACUUGCCUUUAACAUCAGAAACAUCACCGAUGUCUGAUUUGCCUUUGACAUCAGAAACCUCUUCAGUGUCUUCAGUACUUCUGACAGAGACGUCCAUUGUAACCAGUUUACCUGUCCCUUCAGAAACAUCUCCAAUGUCCAGUUCUUCCAUGAGUGAGAGGCUUAUUCAUCAGCCAAGAAAGUCAUCUUCCCCGUGUGAAGAGCCACUCUCCCCUCUUAAAGAUGAAAAUUCUGUCCUUUCUCAACCUCCAGGAGAGAGCCUUAUGACUCACCAGACGAUGUGUCCACGUAGCCCUGAAACCAUCAAACUGGAUGCACCACCUGUUGCCCCUGAAUCUUCGACAGCUGAAGAUGCUCACCGUAAAAACCUGACUCAGCAGCUGUGUCAGUCUCCUACAGAAACAGAGCAGUCUGGUGUUGCAUCUGUUCCAGAACUCUCUCCUCCAGAAGCGAUGAAAGUUAAAAAUCAUAAUGUCCAGCAAAGAACUGAAAAGAAAGGCACAGCCUCACCGUCUGAGGGAUCUGUUUCAUCUGAAGGCACCGUGGGUAAGAACAGUGAGCUUCCUCCAGCUAAGUCACAUGACAAACAGUAUACCUCAUUAGAUAAGGCUUCAUUUUCUGAAGGAUCUCGAAGUAAAACACACAAGCAGGGGAGCACACAAACUCGAUUGGAAAGUUCCCAUUCCUCUAAGUCCUCAGAACCUGCCAAGUCACCUGAAGGGAUAAGAAAUGAAAAUAGGGAACCAGAGAUCUCAAAGAGGAAAACUGUAGAACAGCACAGUUUUGGAAUCUGUAAGGAGAAGAGAGCUAGAAUAGAAGAUGAUCAGACAGCCCGUAGUACUUCAGCCACCAGCCCGAUUGAAAAAGAGCAGCCUCCACGAGAGGAGCCCAGGGUACCACCUCUCAAGAUCCAGUUAUCAAAAAUUGGGCCUCCUUUUAUUAUCAAGAGCCAGCCAGUCUCCAAGCCAGAGUCUAGAGCGUCCCCUAGCACCUCAAUUAGUGGAGGGAGGAACACAGGUGCCAGGACCCUCGCAGAUAUCAAGGCAAGAGCCCAACAGGCUCGGGCUCAGAGAGAGGCUGCUGCUGCAGCUGCUGUGGCGGCCGCCGCAAGCAUAGUCUCAGGAGCUAUGGGGAGUCCAGGUGAAGGUGGGAAGACCAGGACCCUAGCACACAUCAAAGAACAAACAAAAGCCAAGCUCUUUGCAAAGCACCAAGCCCGAGCACACUUACUACAGACAAAUAAAGAGGCCAGGUUGCCACAGCUCAGCUCAAAGGAUGGCUCACCUCCUCUGGAAGUUUCAGCUACUCCAGAAGCAAAGAUGGAAGGUUCAACUGGUGUCAUUAUUGUUAAUCCAAACUGCAGGUCUCCCAGCAACAAGUCUGCUCCCCUCCGGGAGACUGCCACUUUAUUGCAGCAGUCACUUAAUCCUGCUAAGCUACCAGAAACUGCUACUGACAUAUCUCUGCACAGUUCUGAUGAAAGUAUACCUAUGUCACAUUUGUCUGAGAAAGUUAUUUCAUCUACCUCUUCUGAAAAUAGUGGUAUGCCCCUUCUUUUUAAUAAAAAUUCUGUCCCUGUGUCUGUUUGCAGCACUGCCAUGUCAGGAACAAUUAAAGAACUUCCCUUUGCAAGUUCUGUUGACAAAUCCUCUCUUUUAAUGUCUGUUGACAGUGCAGAUACUACAGGCUCUGCUUGUAAUUUAAGUAUGCUAAAAACCAUCCAGGGAGCUGACCCUACCUGUGUAGCCAUUGGACCAAAAUGUAUUGAUAGUGCUCCCAUUCCGACUUCUACAGAGGGGUCCGUCUUACCAAACUCUGUUGAUGACAAAAGGUUGCCAGUAGCAAGCAACAGUGCUAAUCAUAAUUUAGUCUCCGGUCAAUAUACCACUGUGCCAUCUCCCUCCAUUGGAAAUAAUUUGCCAAAUCAUACCCCUCCCAGCUCUGUCCUGGUUCCCCCAGUGGGAGCCAGUGGCAGAUUUCCUUCUGAUCCGAUAGCCAUGCCUGGGUGCGAUGAGCAGGCUGGCAUGUCUACGAGCACCACUGUGAAAGCAGCCCUGAGCUGCAGUGAUCGGGUUGCGGUCACAGACUCCUCAGCUAAAUGCCCAUCUAUCGCUAUGUUUACUGGAAACAUGUUAACGAUAAGCUCUUACGACAGCCCUACCAAGUUAGGUACUGAAAGCUUGGAAAAAAGUACAGGUGUCAGAAGUAGGACAGAUCACUCUUGCAAACCUCAGCACCCACCUGGAGGCUAUACACCGGCAACAGUGAACAGAUCGAUUCCCUGUAAAGUCAUUGUUGAUCACAGUGCCACACUGAGCUCCAGCUUAUCACUUACCAUUUCCAUUGAAAGUGCAGAAGCUGGCCUAGAUGUGCAGAGCAGGCCAUCUAGGACAGAAACGGCCUUACAGAAUGUGGCGUGCCCUCAAGUGUCUGUUAUCAACAGGCCUGAACCAGUGACAGGUGAGAACAUGGAACAUGGUUUAGGCUUCAUUGCUACUCCUACAGCAAAGCAGGAUGGCAAACCAUUGAAUUCCACCUGCACUCAUCUCCGAGAAUUACCUCUUGCUUCUCCUGAUAAAGCAGGUGAGGUGACUACACCUAGUCAUGGAUUUGCUGAACAGUUACAAGGACCCACUUCUUUCAAAAGUGAAGCAGACACUACCUGUAGCAAUCAGUAUAAUACGGGUAACCUGAUUUGCUGGAACAGUGAAGAUGUGAUGAGUACAGAACCUCCUGCAGCCAGCCAUUCAGCUGCUACAAAUAAACAUAAGGAGUACCUGGAGCAGAAUUGCCCAAAGACGAUCAAAACAGAACAUUCCAGCUAUGUCUCAGAGUUACACCCUAGGAAUCUUAUGACAAAAAUUGCUCUUCCUGUGAAGUCAGAAGCCCCUGAAAUGGACAAGUGCUUUAGAAUGGACACUGAAGAUUUCUCUGUAUCAGAAAUGACUACCCAGGCUGAGGUAGCCACCCCAAAUACACAGCAAACCCCAAACUCUAAGGCAUCUGUCUCCAGUUCCGUGGAAGAGACUCUGUCAUUGGCCACAGAAUCAAUAAAGAGAGUCCCAGGUGGAGGGAGCUCAAGCUGUCGUCUGUCAUCUGUAGAGGCCAACAAUCCCCUCGUGACACAGUUACUACAAGGCAAUCUGCCUUUAGAAAAAGCCCUGCCACAGCCCCGAUUAGGAGCCAAACUAGAAAUUCACCGGCUUCCCCUGCCUCUGCAGACCCCCUCAGUGUGCAAAACAGCAUCCGAGAGGAAUAUCAUCGAAACUCCUGCUAGCUCUCCAAAUCCAGAUGGUAAAGGCUACUUGGCAGGGACUCUAGUGCCCCUGCAGAUUAGAAAGCGAGAAAACCACCCAAAAAAGAGAAUGGCCAGGACUGUGGGGGAACAUGCACAAGUGAAAUGUGAGCCGGGAAAGCUGCUGUUGGACACAGAUGUUAAAGUGGCGCCAUGUGUCAUCAACUCCAACAUGAAUCAACUGGGGCACAGCCAGCCUUUUAAGCAAGAGUGGAUGAGCAAACACACAGCCCAGAACAGAAUUGCUCACAGCCCUGAGAUGAAGCAGCAGAAGAGGCUGCUUCCCUCUUGUAGCUUCCAGCAGAACUUGUUCCAUGUUGACAAGAAUGGCAGCUUUCACCCAGAUGCCAGUACCUCACACCGACAGCAGUUUUACCAAAUGCCUAUGGCUGCACGGGGCCCCAUUCCUUCAACUGCUCUGUUGCAGGUCUCUUCCAAGGCCACAGCUGGCUGCCAUGCAUUUGCCUUCAACAGGCACCUGGAACAGAAGGGCUUGGGAGAGGUUGGAAUUCCAACAACCUCUCACCAGUUAAGGUUGGCCAGUGUGUUAUCACCCAGUAUUCCCAUUAAGGAAGGUGAUGACAUGGGCAGCACUGUACAUGCCAUCCAGAAUAAAUCCUUGGUGCACCCCCCUCCACCACCACCACCCCUUCCUCCGCCCCCUCCACCACCCCCACCCCCCAUACCACCUUCCCUUCCUAACGCAGAAGUCCCACCUGAUCAAAAACAACCACCAGUUACUAUGGAAACCACUAAAAGACUUAGUUGGCCACAGCCAGCCGGCAUAUGUAGCAAUAUAAAAUCUGAACCUCUUUCCUUUGAGGAAGGUCUGAGCAGCUGUGAACUGAGUAUGAAGCAAGUGUCUUAUGACCAGAAUGAAGUGAAAGAACAGUUAAAAGCCUUUGGGCUAAAAAGUGCAGAUUUCUCUUCCUAUAUACUUUCUGAGCCACAAAAGCCUUUUACCCAAGUAGCUGCUCAGAAAAUACAGGUGCAGCCACAGCAGCCACAGCCACCACAGCAGCUCUGUGGAAAUUACCCAGCUAUACACUUUGGUAGCACAAACUUCAAAAGGGCAGCCUCUGCAAUUGAAAAGUCCAUUGGAAUUUUGGGAAGUGUUUCUAGCACUGCCACAGGUCUCUCUACCCAGAAUGCUCAGAUUCCAGUUCAAAACUUUGCUGACAACAGCAAUGCAGAUGAGCUGGAGUUGAAAUGUUCAUGCAGGCUGAAAGCCAUGAUUGUGUGCAAGGGCUGUGGGGCCUUCUGCCAUGACGACUGCAUAGGCCCUUCCAAACUCUGUGUGGCUUGCCUGGUUGUCCGAUAGGAGCCAAGUCCAAGGUGCAGUAUCCCAUUUCCUUGUGGAGAAGCCAAACAACAGAAACAGAAAUAAUGUAAUUGCAGUGCUUUCUAUCAUUCUAAUUUAUUUUGUUUUAGGGGGUAUUAUAUUCUUCACAGUUAGAUUCCUUUUCUCCUUUCCCCACCCCCUUUGCCUUAUUAUAUCUCUUAAAAAGGAUGCAUAACAUCAGAAAUGUCUCAGUGGCAUGUUGUAUGUGGUUUUUAGUUUAGUUUUGUUUUCAGUAAGCUUGGUUGUCAUGAUAAAAGAGGGUAUUAAGAAGUGUCAUUCCCAGCUUUGGAAAUAAUAUGCCAACAUGGGCACAUUGUACCGAAUUUGUUUUCCUAGGUAGUUGAUCUGAAAUGUCCUGAGAUAAAUAAUUAGGACAUGUUAAUUUGGUUUCUUUCAACAGAAAAUAAAGUCAGGAGAGGGAGAUAGUUAUUUUAAAUAGUUUAGAAUUUUACCCUGCAUUAACAAUUGCAAUAGUUAGCUGUCCUACCUGAACCUACCUUUAACGUGGAUUAUGCCCAGUCAUAUUAACUGGGGAAGGAAUCAGACUUAAAAGGUGUGCCUAGGGAGUUAUUUGCUUGCUGAGCCUCGCACAAGAUAUUAAUAGAGGUAAGAGUUUAAUGAAAACAACCAUUCUUAUUGAUUUCCCCAUUUGGUCCUCCCAAACACUGUUAACAGAGUAGAAUGGCUUGGCCUGUUAAGAGAUUUGCACAGGUUUAUACAUCUGGGGAAAAUAGUAUCUAUCUUCAAUCCUUAAGUGUGUCUCAUAGAGCCAGUAAUGUGACCUUGGCCCCACCAAUUUAUUUUAAGUCCAGAGUAACCAACUCUUGACCCCAAUAAAUACUAUAUUCUAUUCUUCAUAGCUUCAUGCAUGGUCCUUGAAGCAAAAUGAAAAAAAAAAUUUCUCCAAUUAAAAUAUUUCACAUAUAGGUGAAUAAACAGAUAAAUACGGCAAAUACUUUCCAUUUUAUUCAGUAUAAUACAUUCAUUAGCUAUUAGAGUUUGAAGGGAAAAGUGAUAGUGGCCCUUCAUCGAUGACACUUCUGAAUUCUGGCUUCUCUACUUAGGCCAGGCACUAUCUUUGAAGGUGACAUUGAUGAUGAAAGUGAAUGUCGGAUUAGAGGGCUAAUUUAGUAGAAAACACUUUUUAAAAUGUUUUUCAUGUUUUACUAUCUAUAUAGAUAUAUUUGACUCUGAAUUUGUAAUCCUUAUUUUAAAAAUUACUUCUAGAUAAUGCAUGCUUAAAUUUUUUUUUCCUUAAUUUAAUUCCAGACAUUGUUAGUGUUGGGGGAGUGGGAGUGCUUUUUUGAAAAAGGGAUACUGUAUCUUUGAAACACGACCAUCAGUAUUUAACUAGUACAAUAUGCAUGUUGAGGACUCUGUAGCUACUUUCCAAAAGCUUUCGCUACCAUCACAUCUGAAAACAGUUGUAAUUUGGGGGCUGUAGUCACAAAAGCACAUGCAGAUUGUAGGAAGAAAAAAUGUAACGUACCCUUUUUACUCCAAAUUAGCAAAAAAAUUUGGAAUGCAGUGAACUCAUCCACUGAUGUGGUUGUGACCACUAAAAUAAACACAAAAACAUAGGAGAAAUGGUAAUUUAUAUCUAGGUAGAGCCACCUGGCUGUUUACGUGUGGGAUUAUCUUAAUAAUGAAAAUGCUAUGCCAUUCCCUUAGAGUUUGUCUUAAGAGUAGACUAAAAUGAGCAACUUAAGAUUCUAACAUGUUUUCCCCUCAUAUUUAUUGUUAUGGUAUUGCCAAAUUCCUUUUGUUAUGUGAUUACAAGUCAGUUUUGAUCAACAAAAAUUGAUAAUACGGAAAGAUACUUUCUCUCUACAAAUGCCUCCUUUUGUGAAGUAAUUCAGCUUUUCAGUACUUUUGCUACUAUCUUUCCCAUAAAACUGAUAAUUGAAGAAGUUAGGAGUGCACUUAAUCCAUUCCAAAGGAAUCAGGAUAGACUUCAGAAGAUACUUAAGCUCCUCUUGUGUGCCAAGUGUCAGUUUAGUGGUGUCUUUUGUUUUGUAUCACAUCAUAUUGUAUUUAAUUUUUACAAAGGUCAGAGCAAAGAACUUCAUUCCCCAGGUGAGCAGAAUGACAAGAAUAUGCUAGUGUAUCUUAAUGUGAACAAUCCCUAGGAAACAGGAGUGCAUGUCUCCUAGUUCCAAACUCUUUGGCUACUAUGUGGGUAUGAGGCUCUGUUUACACCAGCAGAUUGAAAAAUAUUGUAGCAGUGACUGAUAUGCAGUGUUGAGAGAAAUUCCAACCAACAGAACAUUUGCACUUUUUAUGUGAGAUAUGAAUGCAACUGAUGUGAUACUAAACUCAUUCUUAUCAGCUCAGUCAUUUUUGUAUAUUGCUUGCAAGCGGCUUUUGGGGGAUAAAGAAAAGUGUCCUUCUGUAUCUUUGAUUUUUCAUUGACUAGGUUUUAAGAAUCUAUUGAUGGUUUUGUAUUUAGUCAUUCUGUAGCCUAAAUCGGAGCGCAAUCAAGUUCAAUGCUAGCUUUUGCUGAUUUUUUGCCUGUUCUUGCCCAUUCUGGUUUUGCUCCAAUUUAGUUUCCUAACCUAGUGCUUAUGCAGUUUGGUGUCACUGAGCAGCUGUGUUCACACACUAAAAAAUAGUGAGAUUUAAAAAGUAAUAAGCAACAUGAAGGGUCAGAUAUUCUGCAGGUAUCUAUUGAGUGCAUAUAGAAAAGCCAACGUAUGCAAAUUAGGCCAGUAGGCUUUCUCUUUGCUGAUUUGCACCAGCUGCCACCUUUGAGUACAUAUGGGGUAGUUGGCCCAUUUCCUCCUUGGUUUAUGUUAAUAUGAAGGCUUUGGUAUGUACCCUGUCAUACCUGUGGACUAUUGUACCUUGAUGUAUCCCCAUCAGGAAGAAAAAUAUUUGCACACUUGCCUUUUGUUUUUUUUUAUUUCCUUCUUAAAAAAAAAAAUUCCUAAGUAGCACUUUUGGAGCAGGGGAAGGAAGAAAAGUUGCUUCCCCUCCCUCACCUCCUUCAUGAUAUGCAUAUACCUGAGGUGUAUAAUGACAGUAAGGUACCAAGGAGCAUACUAAGAAGUGUGUCAUACUACAAAAUUAAUUUCCAAUAUGAAGAUUCUUUUCUUCCCCAGAGUGAGAAAAAUAGAAAGGUUGGUGAACUGAGCACCCUAUUUAUAUACUGUUUACUUGCUGAGAUGUAGUCCAUGGAAAAUGUAGGUUAACUUGAAGAAAAUAGACUACUGAGGUUGGACCUCUUUACUCAGCAGACUCCCUGUGGUAGCCUGUGUUGUAGGGGUGAGCUAUAGAACGUCUAGUUGAUUCUGGACCCUAGAGUUUCUUGCUCAGUUUAACAUAAAAGCAGAAUAAACUGGUGCAUAUGGUGCUUUCCAAUGCCAUCAGGGGUAAAAGUACUCUAUGCUGCAGCCUCAUUUCCUUUGACAAACACAUGCACAAUUUCAAAGUUCUUGUAGCCUCUGGUUCAACAGUUCCUACAAAGUAUGGUAAAGUACCAAGAUAAACACUUGAAUGCUGGCCAAGCUCAGAAGCUCCAUCUCCACAAGAUUCAGGCCCAUGACCAUCUCAUUUCCCAGGUGUGAACAGCCCUAGUGAAACUGCAGGACAUAUGUAGACAUUCUGUGACAGUAGCAAAAGUUGUCUUGUCGUCACCCAUGUGUUUUCAGAGAAUGAUGUGGACAGUCCUAGAGACAGUACUUGGCUGUCAUGGGCCUACGUAGCUAAAAUGUUUCCUGAAUUUAAAAUUCUGUCUUCAGCCCUCAUGUGUUGUCACUGUCAAGCCAACAGAAAACAUUUUUUUAGUCUAAUUUAAAGGAGCUGCUUUUUUUUAUAGCACAUACUAUUUCUCUUUGUACUAUAUUUGAUAGUUACAGAAUAAUUUAGUCUGUAGAAUAACUUUGUUGUAUUUGUACUGUAAAUGAAUGUUACAAAGAAAGUGCUUUACUUGGUUGCCAUAAUUCUCUUGUACUGCUGUAAAAUAUUCUUCCACACUCACAACUCCCACCAUUCCUUACUUCACAGAAACUUAAUCUGAUUCACAUUUUCAGUACAGGGUUUUUUGUGUGUGUAUGUGUGUGUGCGUGCACGCAUGUGCUUUUUUGUUGUUGUUGUUGUUAGUAUUCUGAAUGUUUACAUCUGUUUGACAUUAGCCAUUUAAUGCCUUUUUUGAAAGGCAGUAUUACUCCUACAGUAUAACAGCAAAAUGUGAAAUCAACCCAAACAUAACAUGCAUGAUAAACACAGACUUGGGGUGAAUGCCCCUGCACCAUACAUAGACAUUUUAUAUCAGCAUACAGAAAAGUAAAACCCUCCUUCAGUCCUCUACCAAAGAAAAUACCAUUCCCACAGGAAAAAAAAUAAAAACAAAACUCAGAAAUGGUUUGCAAAAUCCUCAGAAGGGGGAGCAGUUGAUUUCAGUGGGACUGCUACAAUUUAAUACUGUGUUAUGCUUGCUUUGAUACCUGACUAAAUGUGACUGCCUGCAAGAAGCAUUUUAACACUUUUUUUAGACAGUAUUUUGUUUAAAAUUCAGGGAUCAUGCGUUCUUUAAUGGUGCUGUUUGUUUUUUGUUUUUUUUUCCUACAAAAAAAAGUGUUGCCUACAAAAGUGACUGCUCACAAUACCAUAAGUUAAAUGAAAUGUUUGUCUUUUUCAUGUUUCUCUGUUUCCCUCUGCCUAAAGUACAAUUUGGGCUUCGAUAUUAAAAUAU